CGGAGUACUGCCGCUGCAAGCAGAAGCGCCGAGUGAAGUGGCAUGCUAUAGCUACUCGUAUGCGAAACAGAUCGAAAAACUAGAUGCUACCAGCUCGAACAACAGCUCGUUGCUUCCAAAUGUGGGCAGCUUAGACGCAAACCGAAAAAGGGAAGGAUGUUAUCAAGUACGCCAAAAGAGCUGUCUGAACCUCUACAGUUGGAUUUGGCUGAAGUAAUCGCGAAGUACCAUUUAAACAACAAACAUUCUCUACGAAAAGAGAACCUUGAAUCGUAUGCAUUGGUGGUGACAUCGUUAUUUAAGCACGAGCGCAAGGAAAACUAUAACAUCGAAAAAGGUGGAGAUCGCAAGAAUCCCGGCCGCGAGAUCGCUAAUAAGAUCGGAAACUUGAAACAACGAAAACGCAAACGGGACAACAAAGAAAAUGAAUACCAGCGAAACAUACAAUACUACAACCACGAGCCGGAAAAAAUCCAGAAGCGGAAAGUGCUGCAGAAUGGCAUGCUAAACGAGGAUCCAUGGGCUGUCGUUCUUGAGCAGUGGAAAUGUAGCUUUGAUGUACGCAAAACAGAAUUAUUAUCUGGUCAGAAAGCUGACCACUUUAUAGUGCACUAUCCGUCACUGCAUUGCUGAUUGCUGCAUCAAGGCCAAUCGAUCAAAUGAUGUGUUUCAGAUUCGAAGCUAAGCACAGGGCCUUUAAACAAUAUGCGCAUAUAAUGCCCUCGCGAAAAGAUAUAUGUAUAACUCUAUGUAUUAAAGGUUCUCUUCAAUUUACUUAUGAAUGAAAGUUUUUUCAAGUCUCCAGAAUUCGGAGAUUUUAAAAUGUUCGAUCUACGCCUCCGCAAUUAUUUCAAUAUCCUUUUGCAACCAAUAGAUUCUGAUUUAAACAUACUGAUCUCAUGUAGUCUAGAAUAUAUAGGCAAUCAUUACAGAGCUGGAUACUUCUUGACAAUAUUUGAAAAUCACAGCAUGAACCUAUACGAAGUUAUAAAGUUUAUAAUGCAUAAUAACGAUAUACAUGUAGUAGGUCAAUACUGGCAGUUAGAUAACUAUUGUGACCACUAUCUAGCAUAUGAGAUUAAA